CUCAUAUACUCUUUUCUCUUCCUAUAAACACAAAAACCCUUUUAUUCACUGCCGUUUUUCCUCAGCAAGUAUUUUCCUCUACAUAUCAUCACAUCAUGGCCCCAAAGAAAGGUGGAAAGCCAGUUGUUGCUAAGAAGAAAACCACUGUUAAGGUGGUGAACCCAUUGUUUGAAAAAAGGCCAAAACAGUUUGGGAUAGGAGGGGCAUUGCCACCAAAGAAGGAUUUGCAUAGGUUUGUUAGAUGGCCACAAGUUGUUCGUAUUCAGCGAAAGCGCAGGAUCCUCAAGCAGCGUUUGAAGGUCCCCCCUGCCUUGAACCAGUUUACCAAAACCCUUGACAAGAAUCUCGCUACUAACUUGUUCAAGAUGAUGCUUAAGUACCGGCCCGAGGAUAAGGCUGCAAAGAAGGAACGUCUUAAGAAAAAGGCCGAGGCUGAGGUCGAGGGAAAGCAAGUUGAAUCCAAGAAGCCCAUUGUUGUGAAGUAUGGUCUAAAUCAUAUAACUUAUCUGAUUGAGCAGAAUAAGGCACAGUUGGUUGUCAUUGCUCAUGAUGUGGAUCCCAUUGAGUUGGUUGUCUGGCUACCAGCCUUGUGCAGAAAAAUGGAAAUUCCUUACUGUAUUGUGAAAGGAAAAUCCCGACUUGGAGCUAUUGUUCACCAAAAAACUGCAUCAGCUCUAUGCUUGACCACUGUCAAGAAUGAAGAUAAAAUGGAGUUCAGCAGAAUAUUGGAGGCCAUCAAGGCCAACUUCAAUGACAAGUAUGAGGAGUACAGGAAGAAGUGGGGUGGUGGUAUUAUGGGUUCCAAAUCCCAGGCAAAAACAAAGGCAAAGGAGAAAGUUAUGGCCAAGGAGGCUGCUCAGAGAAUGAAUUAGAUCCUUUUGAUAAUAUUUAUUGUCUGCAUUUAAUGUUAUCGGAGAUGAUGUUUUAUUUAGGAAGUUUUCUUCAUUCCAAAACUAUAUUCAGUUGUUUUGAACGUAUUGAAGUUAAAAUACUUGGUGUUGGGAGUUGCCUAUUUCAAUGUCAGCUUAUUCC